GGGAGGCGGCGCGGCGCGGGGCCGGGUGGGCCGGGCUGACGGCCUGCGGCCGCCAUGAGCAGAUCGCAGCUGACGCGGAGCGGGAUCCUGAGGAUGGCGCUGGGCGGUGCUGCCGACCCGCUGCUGCCGGCGGAGGGCGGCGGGGACCGGCGGGUGCCCUUCGUGCUGCGGGCCCUACGCAUCGCCCUGGUGGUCAGCCUCUACUGGUUCGUCUCCAUCACCAUGGUGUUCCUCAACAAGUACCUGCUGGACAGCCCCUCGCUGCGCCUCGACGCCCCGCUCUUCGUCACCUUCUUCCAGUGUGCCGUGACGGCCUCCCUGUGCUUCGGCCUCAGCCUGGGGGCUGCCUGCAGGCCCUGCACCACACUGCCCACCCUGCGCCUCGACCCCAAGGUGUCCCGCAGCGUCCUGCCCCUCUCCGUCGUCUUCAUCGGCAUGGUCACCUCCAACAACCUCUGCCUCAAGCACGUCGGCGUGGCCUUCUACAACGUGGGGCGCUCGCUCACCACCGUCUUCAAUGUGCUGCUCUCCUACCUGCUCCUCAAGCAGACCACCUCCCUGUACGCCCUCUUGGCCUGUGGCAUCAUCAUUGGUGGCUUCUGGCUGGGUGUUGACCAGGAAGGAGCAGAGGGCACUCUGUCAUGGACAGGUAUAAUCUUUGGGAUUUUAGCAAGCCUGUGUGUCUCGCUCAAUGCCAUCUACACCAAGAAAGUGCUGCCUGUGGUGGAUGGUAGCAUCUGGCACCUGACCUUCUACAACAACAUGAAUGCUUGUGUCCUGUUCCUCCCACUCAUGAUGAUCAUGGGCGAGUUCCACACCCUCUACCACUUUGACAAGCUGGGGAGCCCCAGUUUUUGGGGCAUAAUGACCCUGGGGGGAGUGUUUGGCUUUGCCAUUGGGUAUGUGACUGGACUUCAGAUAAAGUUUACUAGCCCACUCACCCACAAUGUCUCUGGGACAGCCAAGGCCUGUGCCCAAACAGUUCUGGCUGUUGUCUACUUUGAAGAGACCAAGAGCUUAUUAUGGUGGACCAGUAACUUGAUGGUUCUUGGGGGUUCCUUUGCCUACACGUGGGUAAAAGGGCUGGAGAUGAGAAAAGCACAAGAGGAUCCUAAUCUCAAAAGCAGUGAAAAAAAUGAGACUGGUGUGUAGGCAGGUCCAACCUGCACCUCUGUUUCUGCACCUGGGGAGUUAACCUUCAGUACUCCCUCCUGGGGAGAAGAGCAAGGAGCAGGAAAAAAAAAAUUGGCUGCAGUGAAUGGGGAGCUGUGUCAGAAACCAGAGCCAAAGACCUAACUGAAUUAUCUUUUAUCCACGGGAUCUCCCCAACUCAGCGGCAGGGUGAGAGCACGUGUUCUAGAGAAUUAUCGAGUUGGUGGUUUUUUUUUUGUGGUCAUUUUGUAAAAUGGAUAUUGCUAUUGACCUAUUCUGAGUAAUUUCUGUCUUUGAGGGGGAGGGGAUGGUCAUAUAGUGGACAAAGAAUGGGGCGGGAACUUUGUGUAGCUAGGGGUCUAGAUUGAAUUAAGGGUCUGCAGUUACAAAAUCCUGAACCUCUGUAUGUGUGGGAGGAUCAGGUAGCCAAGCUGUUGGGGAUAGUCUCUGCAGUGAGACUCUUGUGCUGCACGAAAAAAAAAAAAAGGCAAUAGCAGUUCUUCCUAUUGCCUAGUUCAAUGC